AUGGUUGCCACCGCACUUGGACGCCUCCAACAUGCGGCAAAAGGCGCGGCAACAUGCUCGAUUGACGCCCUACGAACACCCCGGAUGGCGAGGUUAUGCUCACAGAGACUAAUGCGGGAAAGAGCAAGGACACAAAGUACAAACCCACAGCGCCGCCGCUUUCACUCCUCUACCGCAGGAAGUGCGAGCACAGCAUCCUCCGUCUCUGCCUCCGAAGUCACACACUUCUCCCGCCUCGCCUCCUCAUGGUGGGAUCCUCACGGUCCUUCUCGCCUACUCCAUCUGAUGAACCCUCUCCGUCACGACUUUAUCCGCUCGUGCCUGCAAAGGUCUUCCUCGACCGAGAAUGAGAACGAGAAGAGAUAUUCAUAUCUGGACGUUGGCUGCGGCGGAGGCAUCUUCGCCUCUUCUGCCGCUCGCCUCCCCACGACUUCGCGCGUGACAGCCAUCGACCCGACGGCGAAUGUCAUACAGGUUGCAAAGGAGAAUCAGCGGUCCGACCCUGCCCUCGCCGCUCCAGGGAAGCUCGAGUAUCUCAACUGCGCGAUCGAAGACCUCGCCGCACAAGCCAAUGACGAAGCAAAAUACGAUGUAUUGACCCUAUUCGAGGUUCUCGAACACAUCGACUCGCCCUCAUCCUUUCUCGAAAUCGCCAUCCCCCACCUGAAACCGGGCGGGUGGCUCAUCGGAUCGACCAUCUCGCGCUCACCCACCGCCUACCUCACGACGAAACUAAUCGCCGAAGCACCCCUGAUAGGCGUGGUACCGCGCGGCACACACGACUGGAACAAGUACAUCAACCCUCCGGAACUGAGGGGAUAUUUCGAGUCCGGAAGGGCUCCGGGACGGUGGGGAGAAUUCGUCACGCAAGGGGUCGUCUACGUCCCCGCGCUGGGAUGGCGGUUUAUCCAGGGCAGCGAGGAGUUUGGGAAUUACUUUUUCGGGAUACAGAAGCUGGAAUGA